AAUAUUUUUUUUCACAAAGCCGAGCAGUGGUACUGCCGACGAGCCCGACGUUCCAACUAAAAUUUUAUUUGAUUUUUAUUUCCCCUUUCAACUGAUAGAUCUCUCACGUAUUUUCAACUUCUCUCCGAUUCAGGUUUGUAAUUCAUCAUUUUCCUGGAUUGGUGAGAAAUCUAAACGAAAAUGGCUGCUCCACCUGCUAGAGCUCGUGCCGAUUACGAUCACCUCAUCAAACUACUCUUGAUCGGCGAUAGCGGUGUGGGUAAGAGUUGCCUUCUUUUACGUUUCUCGGAUGGCUCCUUCACCACCAGUUUUAUUACCACUAUUGGCAUUGAUUUCAAGAUAAGGACCAUAGAACUUGAUGGCAAACGGAUCAAACUGCAAAUUUGGGAUACUGCUGGCCAGGAGCGGUUCCGAACAAUUACAACAGCUUACUACCGCGGAGCCAUGGGUAUCUUGCUGGUAUAUGAUGUGACUGAUGAGUCAUCUUUUAACAACAUCAGAAAUUGGAUCCGUAACAUUGAACAACAUGCUUCUGACAAUGUCAACAAAAUACUCGUGGGAAACAAGGCUGAUAUGGAUGAAAGCAAACGGGCUGUUCCUACAUCAAAAGGUCAAGCACUAGCUGAUGAAUAUGGCAUUAAAUUCUUCGAGACUAGUGCCAAAACGAAUAUGAAUGUUGAGGAGGUUUUCUUUUCAAUAGCUCAGGAUAUAAAGCAAAGAAUUGCUGAAUCCGACUCAAAGGCUGAGCCUCAGACCAUCAGGAUUAAUCAACCCGACCAGGCUGCAGGAGGUUCUCAAACUGCCCAAAAAUCAGCUUGCUGUGGUUCUUAAGAAAUUGGUGGCGAUUAAGAUAGGAUGAUGGGUAGUGUGACUGUUGGGUGGGAAGACACAUUAAUCUUUGCCAUGAUAUACUUUAUGGAAGCUAUAUUAUAUUUCUUGUUUACUAUUUCUGGCUUACCAGAGAACCGGAGGAGAUGUUUGGUGUCCUUUUUAUCCAGCCUUCUCUGUUCGCUUA